UGAAAUUCCUCCUGGAAACAUACGAGUAGUUCAUCUUCACAUUUCAAGCAGUAUGAUAGUAUCUAUACACUAUACACUAUACAGUCUACAGCCCUGAUAUAUAAUUGAAAAAUGCGGGAAAUAUCUCAAGCUCGUCUCGUGCUUCGGACAAGAUGUCUUCCUUAUUUAUUGCAAACAAAACAGAUUCAUUCUUCAAAUAUCAGAAACAAAGCCUUGGUUAAUUGGAGCAGACCCAGUAUUGACGAAUUAGGAGUCCCUAAAGACUCUUGGAAACAUGUUUUUGAAAAGAAUCAGAAAAGAUAUAAUCUUCAUCUUGCAGCUGGUAUAAGCGCUGUGAGUUUGUCCCUCUCCAUCUUCCUGCUUAUCAUAGAGAUGAAUCCUUUGCCAGCUUUUUAUAAAACCAUUACUAUUCCUGUUGUCAGUAUUCCAGAGAAAAAUUCACCAUUAGAAGCUUCAAAUGACGAUUCUGCAUCAGAUGCGGCCACUUCCAAGUCUGCUGAUGAUGCUGCUGCUUCAAAAGCAGCUGAAGAAGCCGCUGCUGCAAAGGCCACUGAAGAAGCUGCUGCUGCAAAGGCUGCUGAAGAAGCCGCUGAUGCGAAAGAAGCUGAAGAAGCCGCUGCUGCAAAACAGGCUGAAGAAGCCGCUGCUGCAAAGGCAGCUGAAGCCACUGCUGCAAAGGCAGCUGAAGAAGCUGCUUCAAAGGCAGCUGAAGAAGCUGCUUCAAAGGCAGCUGAAGAAGCUGCUUCAAAGGCAGCUGAAGAAGCUGCUUCAAAGGCAGCUGAAGAAGCUGCUUCAAAGGCAGUUGAAGAAGCCGCUGCUGCAAAGGCAGCUGAAGAAGCCGCUGCUACAAAGGCCACUGAAGAAGCUGCUGCUGUAAAGGCUGCUGAAGAAACCGCUAAUGCAAAGAAAGCUGAAGAAGCCGCUGCUGCAAAACAGGCUGAAGAAGCGGCUGCUGCAAAACAGGCUGAAGAAGACGCUUCUGAAAAACAGGCUGAAGAGGCCGUUGGUGCAAAGGCUGCUGAAGAAGCCAUUGCUGCAAAGGCGUCUCAAGAAACCAUUGUAAAAUAUGUUGUUGAAGGAAGUAGUACUGUAGACAACAUUGAGGGAAGUGUGAAGAAGGUUGUUGAAUCUAUUGAGGAAGCAGUUGAACUGGCAGACAAGGUAGCUAUUACUGUGCUAAAGACAGCUGAUAGUGUACUUGAAGCUGUUAAAGAUGAUCUAUCUGAGGCCCAACAACUACUAGAUGACGUAAAGGUAGUAGUAGAUGAUGGAACUAAGGUUGUGAAUACAGCAGAAGAGAUACUAGAGGAAGGUGCAAAACUAGCUGCAGAAGCAGAGAAAACAAUUCAGGACGGUGAGAAAGUAGUGGCUGAUAUUGGAGCACUGGAAGCUAAAAUAACUGAUAAUGUUGUUAAGACCAUUGUUAUCAAUAAAUAGAUUAUAUUCUUAUUUGUA